UGCACAUAUUCGACCCAAUGUCAGCGCAGAAUAUAUCUUUAUUUUAGAUUUUAUGUGUGGCAGGGGAAAACAAAGCGCGUGCCAGUAGUAAUAAGUUAACAUUGGCUACAAAGGGCAGCUGACCACUAUAUAUUUAGCACAGGGCCAAUGCAAAGGAGCAAUAUUAACCAUGGCAUUGGUUGGCAUUCCCUUUUCCCAAAGGCUUGUGGUUAGUCAAGAAGGCAGGGACAAGAAGGCUGUGUGUGUGUGUGUGUGUGUGUGUGUGUGUGUGUGUGUGUGUGUGUGUGUGUGUGAGUGUGUGAGUGAGCGAGAUAGAGGGGGGAGUGUAGUGGUGUAAAGCCUCAGUUCAGUAGCCAGUGCCGUUGGAGGUACAGAGCUCUCUGCAGUCAAUCAGCAUGUUUCUUUUUACACUCGGACUGUAUUUACCUCUCCUCCUUCACUAUGCUUCAUCACACUCCCUUAUGGACAACAUCUUCUCCUUUCCAGCAGAUCUGGAAGCACUGGAACCCAGGAAGAAAUUUAACCCGUGCUGUUUACUGACUCCGCCUCCUCCGCCGUUAUUCCCCCCACCCCUGUCGCUGUGGCACAAGCCUCGGAGUGAUCCUGGCAAUGUAUGGAGAGAUGGGAAGACAGAGGACAAGAAGUCAACAGGCAAGGUCUGCCAGGUUGGAGCACCCGGACCAGCCGGACCAGCAGGACCUCAGGGUCCUCCUGGAUUACCAGGAUCAAAGGGACCAAAAGGAGAAAAGGGAGAAAUUGGGAGACCCGGACAAAGGGGGCGCACUGGCUCCCCAGGCCUGCCAGGGCGACAGGGACCAAAUGGAUGGCCAGGACCGAGUGGGCCCAAGGGGGAGAAAGGUGACUCUGGACUGAUGGGCUUGCCUGGAGCACGGGGACCUAUAGGACCCAAGGGAUUGUCUGGAUACAAAGGAGAAAAGGGCUCACGAGGUGACCGGGGUGAAGCUGGCCCAAAGGGUCAGAAGGGCACAAUGGGUCUGACAGGAAUGCUUGGCCAGAAGGGUGAAAUGGGCCCAAAAGGAGAAGCUGGAAUCCCAGGAAGCAGAGGACCCACUGGGCAGCCAGGAAAAAGAGGCAAACAAGGUUCAAAAGGAGACACUGGACUCACAGGACCUAUGGGACCAGCAGGUCCUCAAGGACCACCUGGUCAUCCAGGUCCACCUGGUCUGCCUGCUUCAGGGCUGUAUGUGGUGGGGCCAAAGGGGGAGAAAGGGCAGCCAGGCAACCCAGGCCACUGUGGCUGUAACUCUCUUGUGAAUAUGAACAACCCUUCUAGCUCAUUUAACCAUCACUCCAGGAGCAGCUAUCUCAGAGUGCCUGCAAUUUUUGUGGUGAAUAAUGAAGAAGAACUGGACCGUCUCCACACUGAUAAUGCAUUGGCUUUUCGUAAAGACCAGAGGACUCUAUAUUUCAAAGACACUGAUGGAUGGUUGCCAGUUCAGCUAACACCAUUUCAGUCAACCGAGCAUGCGCCAGAUCAGGAUGGUUUCUGCGGGGAUGGAAUAGUGCAGGUAGUGAAUGCAGAGGAGUGUGAUGAUGGAAACAAGGUGGUCACAGACGGCUGUGUCAAGUGCAGACAUGCAUACUGCGGUGAUGGCUAUCGAUACGAUGGAGCCGAGGAGUGCGAUGGGAAAGACUUUGGAUAUCAAACCUGCAACUCUUAUCUGCCUGGAUCUUAUGGAAAUCUUAAAUGCACCGUUGACUGUUUUAUCGACUCCACAAGCUGCAAGUAUUUUACAUGAGGAGUCAAGAAACCACACAGAGCCCCCAUGCUGUCUUGUGAACGUAGCAGGGAACAAUACUGAAGGCACUGCAAACUAACAGAUGAAGAAAAUACAGUUGAUUUGGGGGCAGGGGGAUUUAAACAUGCAUAUUAUACUAGUUUCUUGCAGUGCUGCUAAGAAGAAGUUCACUGGAAAAAAAAGAACACUCUGCUCAGUCAUGGCAAACGCACAGGACCCAUUGCUCUCUGUCUUAAGGACUCAACUAGGAUGCUGUUCUCUGUUCUGUUCAGCUUUUCUCUGCGGUGCUGGACACCUGCUUGACAUUCUGCUUAGAUUGUUUGCUAUAAAUUUGCUGUCAUGAAACGGCAAGCCUGGACUAGACUCAAUACCUCAAUGUACAACUUUUCCACAAGGAGGCCAUUUUCUGGUGGCCCACCGCUUCAUCUCUUUCCCAGGGUGCUGUGUUGUAUUUGGACUGUAAUGUGAACCAAUUUUUGCAUGAAGCCUGUGCUGGUUGAAAUAUAGAGAAACAGGCUACUAUGGCAUUUAUCUAAAGUCAAAACCGUCUCUACUCAUUAAAGCUAUAUACAUAGAACAUUUGGCUUUGACAAAAUCAGGAAAAAAGGCUUUAAGCCGGGUGCCUCAGUAAAAGAUUAGGGGAAACCAGCAGGCUGUGUUUUAGAGCUUACUCUAUGAUACUAAUGCUUAGUGGAUUUCUUCCACAAUGCUAAGACGAACACAGGGCUGUAAAAACAUCAGGCAAGCUGCAAGGUCAGAAACACAUGGUCCCAAAAAUCAAUAGAAGGAAUUAGCUGCAGUUCAUAAUGUUCCCAAUGUGGAGGUGCUCUGACUACAGCCUUGUUAAGGUCAGGGUUAGAUUUUAGCUGGACAUCAUCAUUCUUACCUCAGGAACUCUCUGAGUCAUCACAUCAUUAGAGCUGGCCCACCUGCAUCCCCAGGUGGAAUAACACUUACAUAUUCCAGUAUUCUUAAGCUGCAUCUAAUUGCCAGUGUCACUUGUCUUGUGUAUUGCUGUAAAUGCUUCAAGAUUUGAUGAAGAAAAAAAAAUCUGAUCCUUUGGGAUCUUGACUCUAAGCUUAUUUAAGAUUUAAGGUGGUAACUAAAUUACAUAUAAUGGCUGUGGAACUGUUAGGAAAGAUUUCUAUACUGUCAGUUAGCUUUGGCAGGGGAAGUCUAUCGCUGCUAUCUAGUAGGCUAAAGACUGUUGGAGUUAACCUGAAAAAAUAAAAAUAAAAAACAGUUACUGGCCAGUUUUGUCAUUCUAAGUAUGGAUAUGUAGCAUGAAUCUUCUGGUCAAAAAAUACAUAUAUCAUGUUCUUGUACACCUCUUUUGUGUAUAGUCUAUUCUAAACUCCUGUGUAUGUGUUAUUUUUAUAUACUAAAUAAAGCAUUUGAUAUUUCUCCAUACUAAAUGAUGAACUUGCAUCAAUUAUUACUCUAUAAUCUCACCAAAAAGGUCAAGAUUGCUAUAUUACAGUUGAUUGCAGUAUGUUAUUUCCAGGAAAAGUGUGCAUUUUAUGUCUGACGUCUGAUGUUUUUGCUAAGGUAUGUAAAGUGCAUUGGGUAUCCCAUGGACUGUUAUCUCCUCUUUUCAAUUUAAGCAAAUGUUUAGAUGUAUGUUAUAAUGUAUAUUGCACUAUAUACAAAAUGGCUCAGUAAGCAUCCACUGGUGCUGUUGCAUGUUGAGAUAAUGAUUAAUAUUUUGUCCUACUGUAAUGUGUAUUAUUAUGAAAUUGUUGUUUGAUACAGCCAAUAAAAUAAAGUUU